AUGGGAGCUGUGGAAGCCUCCCAGCCCCACCUCUGCAUCCAACCUGUGCUCUCCCUGGGCUGUCCUGAACCCCCGAGUUUCAGCACCCAGCCCCUGCGUGUGCCGUUUGACUCUGUGGCUGAUGUAUCUGAUCUGUCAAGCAAUGUUACCCUAAAAAGUUACACUCUGCACCUUGAGGGCUUAGCUGAUACCAAAAUCCCCCGGUCUGGGACACCUGUGAGCAUUAGGAGCAACCGAAGCCUGUCUGUUCUGCGCAUCCCAAGUCAGAGUCAAGUCAGUCAGAUCUAUUCCCAAGGCUCUCUCCACCGGAGUGUCAGCCAACUCAUGGACAUUCAAGACAAGAAGGUCUUGAUGGACGACUCGCUGUGGGAAGCCAUCAUGGGCCAUGACAGUGGACUGUAUGUGGAUGAAGAGGACCUGAUGAAUGCCAUCAAGGGUUUCAGCUCUGUGACUAAGGAACACACCGCAUUCACCGACACCCACCUGUGAAGGAGGCAAGCCUGUAAGACACAAGCUGGAUGCGGGCCCCACACCCCAUCCCCACUGGGUUAUCAGACAUCAUGAAUGCUAAGGAGCUAUUGCUUGUUAUGCUAUAAUCCUUUAAAGAUGAGUGUUUUUGAAA